AUGAUCUUCAACGUCAACGACUUCUUCCACUCGCAGAUGUUCCACCUCGUUGUCACCCACGACGUCUCCGAGGCGGUCCACCAGGCUGCGCUCCACACGCUGAGCGAGCGACACCCGGUGAUGGGAUACUCUUCUCGCGUUGUUGGCGAGAAAUUGUGCUUCGACGAGGGAGGUCACUGGGACAAGCGGUUCUACGUCAACAACAAAGGAUGCCGAAAGUACGUUUCCAACAACUGGCCCACGCACGGCAAGUAUCAGGCCGGGUAUCUCGAGACCGACUUCCAGGCCCGCGGACUCAUCAACAAGGACGGAAAAUCCCCAUUCAAGUCGUUUCCCUUCUUCCAGGACGCGCUCGAGAUCCGCAAGACGUACCAGGCCUUCUUCGCCUCCUUCGUCGACUCAUACUACUCCCACGACUCCGAUGUCAAGAAAGACACCGAGCUGCAGAACUGGAUCAAAGAGGCCACAAAGGCUGACGUCCAGGACUUCCCCUCCGAGCUCGACAAAAAGUCCCUGGUCGAGGUGCUUACCCACUUCGGCUUCAUCGUCAGCGUCGUUCACCACGGACUCAAUGGAGGCGACCCCAUGGGAUCGAAGGCGACGCUGCCCUUCCACCUCCCGGCCUUGUACGCGCCGCUGCCGAAGGAGAAGGGCGUAACGGACCUAAUGCCGUUCCUGCCCCCGCCCAUGGAGGCGGUGCAAUUAAUUGGGUUCCUCGCCAGCUUCAACCGCCCCUUCUACCAAACCCAGAAGACGAAGCGCACCAUGGAGUACGCGUUCGAUGAGGAUGAGGACACGACGCACCAGCUCAAGAGACUCAACGACAAGACGAAGGAGGCCGCCAAGAAGUUUUCCAGGCGAGCAUGA